GACGUUCCUCGUUGUUGGUCCCUAAACUACAACACUGUAUGUAUGAACAUUAGAAUUGUCGUUUCGUCGUUUCUCGUUUCGUUUCGACGCCUACGAAGCUUCUACUACUCCCACUACCACAUUCAAUUUUGUUACCCUAAUUACUAUCGCCAACCUUUUUUCUUCUUCUUUCAAUGGCUUCGCAUUGCAUGGACCAUUUCACCUUCUAACACAAUCAAUUUUUCUUCACAGACGCAGAGAAAAAAACUACCUGAAGAAGUUGAUGAAUUAAUUAAUCUUAAAUACCACUUCUUUCUCUCUCCAACCUCGAUCCCUUCCCCUGCGCCACUUUUUCUUCAAAGCCUUUAUCUCUGCCUCAACCCCCUUUCUUUUCUAUUGUUUCCUUUAUUCCGCUAUUUUGUGUUUGUGUAUCAGACAGAGUAAACAUGAAACAUGAGAUGGUUACUGGUGUAGCUUUGAAGGAGCUAUGAGUAUAAAAUCGGAGUGCUAAAAUGGAUUUUUUGUAAUACUUAAGCCUGUUUGUUGAAGAUGCAAAUGGCUGGAAUGUCAAAGGAGGAAGUGACUGGUAGUCCUAAAUGGGGUGCUUCAAUUAUUAUGCAGACAACAGAGGAUGUGGCUAGAGCUGUUGCUUCUGCUGUGAAUUCCCCAAGGCCAUCUGUUAUAUAUUCAUCAAAAAAUGAUCAAGGUGGAAAUCAACUACAAAAGCUGCAGUAUCAAGUUACAAAAAUGAUAAAAGGAUUUUCUCGCCCUUCUGAAGUUAAAUAUAAUAAUUACAAUCCCGAAAUACUGACAACUCAGAAGCGUCAAUGGGCUGCAAACUUUCAGUUACAGUACAUGGACCAUAGGUCAUGGAAGGAGCCAACAAAGCUGUUUGAAAGCAUGGUGGUUGUUGGACUUCAUCCUAAUUGUGAUAUUCAGGCACUGCAAGCGCAAUAUUUCUUAAGAAAGUCUGAAGGCCCUGGUAAAUUAAGAAGUGCUCUUGGUUAUCAGAAUCAAUCCCGUGUGGGGCCUAUUCUUGAACCUCAGGUCUUAUUUGUUUACCCUCCAGAAAAACAGCUGCCUCUUAAUGACAAGGAUCUUCUCUCUUUCUGCUUCCCUGGAGGCUUGGAGGUUAAUGCUGUUGAGAGAACACCUUCCAUGAGUGAAUUGAAUGAAAUUCUUUUUGGGCAGGAACACCUUAAACAAAGGGAUCUGUCUUUUGUAUUUAGACUACAGGGUGCUGAUAAUUCAACUCUUUAUGGAUGCUGUGUCUUGGUUGAAGAGUUAGUGCAAAAACCCUCUGGAUUGCUCUCCCUGAUUUCUGAUAAAAGGUCAAGCUAUUCUCCUUUGAAACGUGAACGGCAUAUAUUAACUACACAAAGAUGUUACUGCAUUCUCUCAAGGCUCCCAUUUUUUGAAUUGCACUUUGGUGUUUUGAACAGCAUCUUCAUGCAAGAACGACUAGAUCGCUUGACGAAAAACUUUGGAGAUUUAGAUUUAGAAUAUGUUGAAGAUAGCUGUGGGCAAGACAAUUUUGGGGAAGAUUCAGAAUUCAUGUUGGUGAAUGAUAGAUUAGAAGAUAGACAUGAUGACAGUCCAAUGAUUUCUCAAUCAAGCCUAAGAAAUUCCUCACCGGAAAUAAUUGAGGAUGAUAGUAAUUAUCCCAAGAAAGAAAUAGUUAAUGCGGAGCUGCAUAUAUUUAAUGAUAGAGUCAAUGAUGGCAAUGACGUGCCUUGUGAUCUUGAGAAGGAUAAAAAAACUGUUAAUGAGGAAUCUGCCCCUACGAAUGCUGAGGAUUGUGCUUUGUACGGAGAUUCUUUUGUAACAAAUAAACAGUCAGAAGAUAGGCGUUUACCCAAUGCUAUUCUACCACUCUUGCGGUAUUGCCAGUAUGAAAGCUCUGAAUCUUCCUGCAGUUUUCAGGGUUCUCCUUGUGAUGACAGGAAUUUCAGGAGUGAUGCCGAUGAUACUGAGACAGAAGAUGCUUCAUUCUCUGGUCAAGAGGAUUUAAAUGACCUAAAUGGUAUUCUUGAGUGGGCUAAGGCAAAUAACUGUGGAUUAUUACAGAUUAUAAGUGAGUAUUAUUGCUUGAGUUGCCCUGCAAGGGGCACAUCAAUUAGAUUUCAUCCUUUGGAUCACCUGCAUCCCUUAGAAUAUCACAGACCAGAUGAGGCAAUUCUUAAUCUUGCUGGUUCAAUUGUUGAUUUGAAAUCUUUCAGUGCAGGUCUGGAAUUUGCAGAGGCUCAUAAUUCUCUUCUGGCUGAGGAGGAGGCAACUGCAUUAUCUACAUGGGCUGUUGGGUGCAUGUGCGGUACCUUGAGACUUGAAAAUGUGUUAGCAUUCUUUGCAGGAGCUCUACUAGAGAAGCAGAUAGUCUUUGUCUGUUCUAAUUUGGGAAUCCUAUCUGCGUCAGUUUUAUCAGUUAUUUCGCUAAUCCGGCCCUACCAAUGGCAAAGCUUGCUAAUGCCGGUUCUACCAAAUGACAUGCUUGAGUUUCUGGAUGCACCUGUGCCUUACAUAGUUGGUAUCAAAAACAAGACCAGUGAAGUUCAGUCAAAGUUAACUAAUAAUGUUAUCCUGGUUGACGUCAACAGGAAUCAGGUGAGGUCAUCAACAAUACCUCAACUGCCAAGGCAGAAAGAGUUGAUCGCUUCUUUACGCCCUUAUCAUGCAACUCUAGUGGGAGAAAGUUACUUAGGUAGGAGAAGGCCAGUAUAUGAAUGCACAGAAGUGCAGGUAGAAGCUGCCAAGGGGUUCUUAUCGGUGUUAAGGACUUAUUUGGAUUCCCUUUGCCAUAACAUUCGUUCUCAUACAAUAACCAAUGUACAAUCCAAUGAUGAUAAGGUAUCCUUGCUUUUGAAGGAGAGUUUCAUUGACUCAUUUCCUUAUCGUGAUAGGCCUUUCAUGAAGCUUUUCGUGGAUACACAGCUCUUCUCUGUGCAUACAGAUCUUGUUCUCUCUUUCUUCCAAAAGGAAUAGAGCUAUUUGGGAAUAUUACUACCAUGCAAAGCUUGAACGCAAGUUCAGUGUUGUAUAAUUUCUCUAAUUAUGUAUGAGUUAAAACUUUCUCCCUACAUGUAACGAAAAAAUUCCACUAGCAUAGGCUUGCUGCAGAUCUUGUAUAUAAUUAGUUAGAUAGUAUAUUUAGUCUUAAUAAGUGCUAUUAAGGUUUCACUCUAUGUAAAUCACAAUUUUUGUUUCAUACACCAAAAGUGAAAGUUUUAUGCCUA